GGUACCAUUACCAGCAAAUGACAAAAAUGUUACCGAGCCCCACCCAUCAAUGCUAGAUUACCGCUCUUCUUGCCAAAAAUGCAAACGUGGGACGCAUGCGAACGUGAGACACAACGACGUCGUGAGAGUUUCUCAAACUAGCGUCGUGUCGUGUCGUAUCCCACCUACAAACUACUGCCACGACAACAUUCAAACCUCAUUAGUAGGCGAAAAAUUAAAAAGUAACGACCAAAAUCUGGUCCUUGAACAUAGUUGUGGUUCGGAUUCCGAACCUAGGGAUGUAACCCUUCUUUUCUUUCGGACCUCAUCAAUCAGCAGUAACUAG